AUGCCGCAACAUCGCCCGGUUUUGGUUAUCAUUGGUGCCGGUAGCAUGGGAUUGGCCAUCGCACGCCGGCUCGGUCCGUCCCAUCACGUCCUUAUUUCCGACUUCUCCGCGACAACCCUUUCCGCAGCUGAGGAUUCAUUGCGAUCCACCGGCCAUUUCUUCUCUUCUCAAAAGGUCGACAUCACCUCCAAAGACUCUGUAGAAUCAUUCGCGGCGACUGCAGCCAGUCUCGGUACGGUUCAGACAGUCGUUGUGACGGCCGGUGUCUCGAAUGCGGCGAACGACGCCAAAUUAAUCUAUUUAACGAAUCUUGUCGGCGCGUCUCUUAUCGUCGAGACUUUCCUCCCGCAUAUGGCUCCGGGUGGCUCUCUCACAAUCAUCGCAUCUGUCGCAGGUCACUUAAAGCCUCCGAAUGCUGCUCUUGACGACCAUUUCGCAACUGCUCCCGUCUCCGAGCUUCUCAAUCACUCUGAGCUCGAUCUUGCUGGAGACCCAGGCACUGCUUACUCCCUCUCAAAGCGAGGUUGUAUUGUUCGUGCCCGGUACGCCGCCAUUGCUUGGGGUCGCCAAGGUGUGCGGAUCAACACCGUCAGCCCUGGCGUAGUGAUGACUCCGAUGAUUGGGCAAGUUAUGCAGUCAGCCCAAGGGGCUGGAUUGCAGGGCAUGAUCGAUGCUGUACCGCUCGGUCGCAUCGGAACGCCGGAUGAUAUUGCCGGCGCUGUUGCGUUUCUUGCAGGGCCGGACGCUUCCUACAUCAACGGGACGGAUUUGGUGGUUGACGGUGGUUCCCGGCCGACUCACCGAUGGCGCGGGGUUGGUGCGGGGCCGAGUGCUUCCGGAUAA